AUGGAUCUAGACUCUGGUGAUUCCCCGUGGGGCGAUGAGCCUUCACAGUUCAAGCCCAGCGAUGGUUCCACCAAACUCAGCACUCAGGAAGCUGCUGCACAAACCCCCGCGUCAGACAGCUCGCCCGCUGUCCGCAUACCAGGGAGAAGAGGCCCACGAGGGACACGCAAGAUCAGCGCACAAGCCACUAAACUUGAAUCCGUUGAUGAUUCCGUCGACCCCCUGGGUCCAUUGGGCGAAGCGCCUGCCGAGGCCACCCCAACACCCACAGAUGAAGCACCAGCACCGCCCCAAAAGGAGCCGUUCGCCGGGCGUGGCGCGCGACCGCUCUCCUCUCCCUCCCAGGCAUCUGACGGAGCGGAUGCAGUCGACUCGAACAAUUUGGAAGAGGAGACCGCGGUCUUCCGAGGACCCCCUCCCGUGCAACCGCCGGCGCAAGCGGAUGGACUGAAAAGGCAGACGCAGCCCAGCAUAAGCGUGGAGGAUGCUGCAAAGCCGACCUUCCAGAUCUAUGUCGGAGAUCCGCACAAAGUGGGAGACCUGACAAGCAGUCACAUUGUUUAUCAAGUUUCGACGAAGACAACAUCCAAGGCCUAUCGCCAACCCGAGUUCACUGUCAGCCGUCGAUACCGUGAUUUCCUCUGGCUUUACAACUCCCUGCACAGCAGUAACCCGGGAGUGGUUGUUGCGCCUCCGCCCGAGAAGCAAGCAGUUGGCCGGUUUGAUACCAGCUUUGUAGAGUCGAGGAGAGCUGCUUUGGAACGAAUGCUUAACAAGAUUGCCGGCCAUCCCAUUCUUCAACAUGAUGGCGAUCUGAAGAUUUUCCUAGAAAGUGAGGCUUUCACCCUUGAUGUUAAGAAUAAGGAAAACCGAGAGCCUGACAUUGGCCCAAGCAAGGGAAUGCUGAGCUCCUUCGGUAUUUCCGUUGGUGGAGGAACUAAAUUUGUGGAACACGACGAUUGGUUCCAUGACCGAAAAAUCUACUUGGAUGCAUUGGAGAACCAGUUGAAGGCUCUAUUGAAGUCAAUGGACACUGUUAUUCUACAACGAAAGGGUCUAGCCGAGGCUGCAGGCGACUUUUCGAGCUCAUUGCAUGCCUUAUCUGCUGUCGAGCUAUCCCCCGCCCUUUCCUAUCCAUUGGAAGGCUUGUCAGAACUUCAAUUACGUAUCCGGGAACUCUAUGACCGACAAGCGCAACAGGAUGUUCUGACGCUUGGAAUCACAAUCGAUGAAUAUAUCCGAUUAAUUGGAAGUGUCAAAAUGGCCUUCACGCAGCGGCAAAAGGCCUUCCACACCUGGCACGCAGCAGAGUCCGAUCUACAGAAGCGCAAGAACAACCAAGAAAAGCUACUCCGCCAGGGAAAAACUCAGCAAGACCGCUUGAAUCAAGUCAACGCCGACGUCGCGGAUGCAGAACGUAAGGUACACCAAACGCGGCUGCUCUUCGAGGAUAUGGGCCGGCUUAUGCGGAGUGAGCUACAACGGUUUGAGAAGGAGAAGGUGGAGGACUUCAAGUCUGGCGUGGAAACAUUCCUUGAAAGUGCAGUCGAGGCCCAGAAAGAGUUGAUCGAACUCUGGGAGACAUUCCUCCUGCGUAUAGACGCUGGCGAAGAAGGGCUUCCGUACUAUGUACCUGCUGAAGCAAGCGAUGAACCCGCUCCGGCGGAGCCCGCAGAGGCAGGCUCGGAAACGGGGCUACUGGCCGCCGAGCAUGACGCUUGA